UGUUCAUUUUGGCUGGCAGGCUCCGGUGUAGUACACAGCUCUAUUCCAUGCAUUACAGCUUGAUGGAAGGGGGUCCUUAACUGCUGGAACUGAGCUGAAUUUUCCCCUUGAAACUAAAGAAGCAACAUAUUUGUAACAUCAAGGAUGGAUUACCCAAAGAUGGAUUAUUUUCUGGAUGUUGAAUCUGCUCACAGACUGUUCUACAGUCAAGGAGCUCAAGCUCGCCGGGCGACCCUGCUCCUUCCUCCCACAUUAAUGGCGGCAUCUUCGGAAGAUGAUAUAGACCGGCGGCCCAUCAGGAGAGUCCGGUCCAAGAGCGAUACCCCGUAUCUAGCUGAAGCUAGAAUCUCCUUUAACCUGGGGGCAGCUGAGGAAGUGGAGAGACUGGCGGCGAUGCGCUCGGACUCCCUGGUCCCCGGUACCCAUACCCCACCAAUCCGGAGGAGGAGUAAGUUUGCCAACCUGGGAAGGAUUUUCAAGCCAUGGAAAUGGAGGAAGAAGAAAAGUGAAAAAUUCAAGCAUACAUCAGCAGCCCUGGAAAGAAAAAUAUCAAUGCGACAAAGCCGAGAGGAGCUUAUAAAGCGAGGGGUCUUGAAGGAAAUCUAUGAUAAAGAUGGAGAACUUUCUAUAUCUAGUGAAGAUGGAUCACUGGAGAAUGGUCAGUCCUUGAGCUCCAGCCAGCUUUCACUUCCUGCCCUAUCAGAAAUGGAACCAGUUCCGAUGCCUAGGGAUCCCUGCUCUUAUGAGGUGCUCCAACCCUCAGACAUCAUGGAUGGGACAGUGUCUGAAGAAAGCCCCUCAGCCAGUGAGUCCGGAGCCCUCCUGUCCCAAGAUCCUUCAGCUAAGCCAGUCCUGCUACUUCCCCCCAAAAAAACUGCUGCUUUCCCUGGAGACCAUGAGGAGACCCCAGUGAAACAGUUGCCCCUCCUCAAGCAGCCCCCUGCCCUGCCUCCUAAACCCAUUGCCAGAAUUGCCAACCAUUUAACGGAUCCUGGUGCCCCUGUGAAAUUGCCUUGUUUGCCAGUGAAACUGUCUCCUCCGCUACCUCCAAAGAAAGUCAUGAUUUGCAUGCCUUUAGGAGGGCCAGAACUCUCCCUCGCUUCCUAUGCGGCUCAGAAGAGUGCCCAGCAGACCAUGGCUCAGCAUCACCAUACUGUCCUGCCAUCCCAGUUGCCGCACCAGCUCCAGUAUGGUAGCCACAGCCAGCACCUCCCCUCCGCCUCCGGCUCACUAACUAUGCAGCCAUCAGGUUGCAGGAUGAUAGAUGAAUUGAAUAAAACACUGGCUAUGACCAUGCAGCGACUGGAAAGUUCUGACCAGCGGGUGCCCUGUUCUUCUUCCUACCACAGUUCUAGCUUACACUCGGGUGAUGGCGUCACGAAAACAGGACCCAUGGGCCUUCCAGACCUAAGACAAGUGCCAACUGUUGUGAUUGAAUGUGAUGACAAUAAAGAAAAUGUGCCUCAUGAAUCUGAUUAUGAAGACUCCUCCUGCCUGUACGCAAGGGAAGAGGAGGAUGAGGAUGAAGACGAAGACGAUGACACCUCAUUAUACACUAGUUCUCUGGCUAUGAAGGUGUGCCGAAAGGAUUCCUUGGCCAUCAAGCUCAGCAACAGACCCUCCAAGCGAGAGCUAGAAGAGAAAAACAUUUUGCCCAGACAGACGGAUGAGGAGAGGCUGGAACUGAGACAGCAGAUCGGUACCAAGCUUACCAGGCGACUGAGCCAGAGGCCGACUGCUGAGGAAUUGGAGCAAAGAAACAUUCUGAAACCUCGGAAUGAACAAGAAGAGCAAGAAGAAAAACGAGAGAUCAAGAGGCGGUUAACCCGAAAGCUCAGUCAGAGGCCUACAGUUGAAGAGCUCCGUGAGAGAAAGAUUCUCAUUCGCUUCAGUGACUAUGUGGAAGUGGCCGAUGCUCAGGAUUAUGACAGGAGAGCAGACAAGCCCUGGACUCGACUCACUGCUGCAGACAAAGCUGCCAUUCGGAAGGAGCUCAAUGAGUUUAAAAGCACUGAAAUGGAAGUUCAUGAAUUAAGUAGACAUCUAACAAGGUUUCACCGACCUUAGCAAUUGAAUUCCACUUGAGUGCUAUGCUGUCUUCAAAACAUGAAUUUAUAAGAACCAUAA